UGAGGCCGAGGUAAAGAACCACCAUCGAACGAUCGCGGCAGCAACGUUUGUUUAUUUGCUUUUUCCCCUCUCACCUUUAAGCCUCAUUACGCACACUCAUCCUCCUGAUCUCUAAACCAAGAAGAUGCCCAAAUCCUCACCGUGCGUAUUCCCGAGGUCCUUCCUGUGGCUGGCAUCUUUAGCUACUUUGGUGGUGCAGUCGGUGCUCUCUUCCUCCCACUCUUCUUCUACCUCCUCUGCAUAUCAGAGAUCUGCAGCCGGUGGGAAGCGGCCGGGCUUUAUGGAGAGGACGCUGGUUCUCCUGGAUGUCAACACCCGCAGUCCGAUCAGAGUCCUCAACGACAACUUCCUUUCUUUACAGCUGGACCCCUCGAUCAUCAAAGACGGCUGGCUGGACUUUCUGAGCUCCAAGCGGCUUGUGACCCUAGCGCGCGGCCUGUCUCCUGCCUUUUUGCGUUUUGGCGGAAAGCGAACCGACUUCCUGCAGUUCAACAACCAGAAGAACCUCGCCAAGUUUAGAGGGCCGGGGCCAGACUACUAUCUGAAGAACUACGAAGACGACAUAGUGCGCAGUGACAUUGCAUUGGACGAGCAGAAGGGCUGCAAACUGGCCAACCAUCCUGACAUAAUGCUGGAGCUGCAGAGGGAGAAAGCUGCCACCACACAGCUCGUCCUGCUGAAAGAGCAGCUGUCCAACAUCUACAGCAACAUUACGAUAACAGCCAGGUCUUUAGACAAACUGUACAAUUUUGCCGACUGUGCUGGUCUGCACCUGAUCCUGGGGCUCAACGCGCUGCACAGAAACCCAGACAACUCCUGGAACACCUCCUCUACGCUGAGCCUCCUCAAGUACGGUGCUGGCAAGAAGUACAACAUCUCCUGGGAGCUGGGCAACGAGCCUAAUGCCUACCGCAGCAUGGUGGGUCGUGCGGUAAACAGCACCCAGUUGGCACAGGACUACAUCAAGCUGCGGACCCUGCUGCAGUCUGUGCGCUACUACCACCGGGCUCACCUCUACGGCCCCAAUGCAGGACGACCUCGCAAGAACGCCAUCCUGCUGCUGGACGGGUUCAUGAAGAAUGCUGGCUCUGUUGUAGAUGCAGUUACGUGGCAACAUUAUUACAUGGAUGGCAGAGUGAACAAAGUGGAGGACUUCCUAAAAACUCGUCUGUUGGACACACUGACAGAGCAGCUCACUAAAGUCACCAAGGUGGUGGACACACAUACUCCCGGUAAGAAGGUGUGGCUGGGUGGACUGGGGCCGGCGUGGGCAGGAGGCCUCAGUAAUCUCUCUGACACAUACGCUGCUGGCUUUGUGUGGGUGAACGCGCUGGGUAUGGCUGCUGUGCAGGGGAUCGAUGUUGUCUUGCGUCACUCAUUCUUUGACUACGGAUACACGCACCUUGUGGACCAGAACUUUAACCCUUUACCUGAUUACUGGGUCUCUCUGGUCUUCAAGCGUCUGGUUGGUCCAAGGGUUUUGGCUGUGCGGGUGGCUGGACUGCAGAGGAAGCCGCAGCCAGGACGAGUCAUACGAGACAAGCUACGUAUCUACGCCCACUGUACUAGCUACUACAAUCAUAACUAUGUGCGAGGGUCCAUAACAAUCUACAUCAUCAACCUGCAUCGGUCGCGAAAGAAAAUCAAGUUGGCCGGGACGUUACGGAACUAUACCGUCCAUCAGUACCUGCUGCAACCCUACGGCACUGACGGACUCAGAGCCAGAUAUGUCCAGCUGAACGGGGAGAAGCUGCUCAUGGUGGACAAUGAGACAUUUCCAGAGUUGAAGCCUAAGACAUUGAGGGCUGGACGGACGAUAGCCAUGCCUCCCUUGACCAUAGGCUUUUACGUCAUCAAAAACAUUAACGCAUACGCCUGCCGAAGAUAGCACUGACCCACAAACCGUCUUUUACCCACAGCUUAAAAACUGUGUGGCUCUUCCUUUUUUCCCACCUCUCUGGGAAAACACAGGAGGUCAGAAUACCACUUUGUUAGGGUUUUUGUGUCUUGCUCAAGGACACUUCAGGAGAGUGUACACUUGGCUUGAUUACAAUACAGUCCUUUAGUUUACCAACAACCUCUUCCACCAUUAUUUCAAUGGUAAUAUUUAAAUUACAAAUAAACCCGGACUUUUCCUUGUUGUCUUCUCUGCUCCGACAAAGAAAGACUUGCCCAAAACACAUCAAAAGGGCUGCACUGAACACUUUUCAAUUCUUUUCACCAGCAACUCCUCAUAUGCCACAAGAUUUGUAUGGACAGUGAUUGUUUUGUGGUUUUGUACGGAGUUAUGCAAUAUCAUAAAAGUCCACAUUCUUUGACUUGAUUAAGCUAUGUUUUCUUCUCUUGGAUUGUAUAACCUAGAGUUUAUCUCUGUGUCUGCCAAGAAUUUUCUUUUCUUCUAAUCUUUCAGUGACCAACUGAGAGAAAACUCAUAAUAGCAUACACACGUCAACUUCAGUUUGAGUUGAUCAUUUCCACAAAGAGAAAGAUGCCAUGGUGUGUGUAUAAGGCCAUUCCUGGACAAGCUAAGUGCUAUGGAUGAGUGUGUGUGUAUGCAUGUGUUUUAUUGAUAAAGCUACUGAUGUGUCUCUCCAGUCUGUUUUGCCUCUGAAAGUAUACGUAUCUUCCCUUUCCAUAUCAAGUGGCUUCAAGGGAAGAUCUGUUUCUUUUAAACACUGUAUGUUGUGUGUAUCAUUGCUUUUCUGCUGCAGGUUUCUAGUGUUGUGUAGCAGCGAUGCAUAGCUGAAGAACAGUGUGAACCCAUCCACAAUAUCUGGCCUCAAAUGCAGCCUGCAUCCAGACAAAAUCUGGGUUUUGCUUUCAUUUCAAAAAAUUCAAAAAUACCAGUUUUUCUCACUAUCUUCAGUGUGAUCUCACGUUUUAUAAUCCUCUUAUGCUGCUAGGGUUUUUUUGUACUAAAUAUACAUUAUAUAUUUUACAUAAUUUUGUACAGAUUUACUGUCAUAUAUUAUUAGAUCAUGUAUUGUACAUAAAGAGAGUGUUGAAAAUAAGUGAUUUAAGCUUGAUAUGUUUACUUACACACAGUACACAUCUAAUUUAUACUUUGCUUUGUCUUUAUAUUUCUAUUAUAAAAGUCUCUGUUAUGUUAGUGGUACUAAUGCCCCAACUCUAAAGAAAAAUCUAAAAUAUUUUGUAAUGAAUAAUUGUGUGAUUGAUGCAAGUGUCAGAGGCACUGACAUGUUUCUUUUUGCAAGAAAAGGAGUUAUAAGAUGGUUUAUGAUUCACAACCUAUGUUUCACAUUUAUUGAAGUUUCAUUUCACAAUAUUUUAUCAUCUAAUAUAUAGAUUGGCUUCUUAUUUUCAAGACUAAAACCAAAGAGUGAGUAAAGACGUCAUUGUGUUUCUACACUCUUACACGGGGGAACAUAAGCGGGAGCAGGUUCCGUACCCGAACGUGUUAAAUUUUAAGAAUAUUUGUUCAUAGUUGAUGUAGAGAUGUUCAUAUUUC